ACACUAAGCAGAAACGAAAACUAAUUUUUUGCCAAUGCAUUGAUUCUGCCUUUUAAACAAAACCAACUAAAAACAACAAAAUGCAAAGCUUCAUUAGACUAUCAAGUGCAACGCGCCCGUUAUAAAUAAUUUUAAACAAAUCGCGCGAUUAUUGUUUGUUCGUCGAAACAGUAAUAAGACAGACGCUGAUAGCACAUAAAUUGUAGAAAAACAAGAGCAGGAGCCCCUAACGGCGACGAACAGCUGGGCAGGAAUAAUAGGCUCGAAGUUUAGCUAGUAGCUAGGAGCAGCCAAUAAAUGGCCGAUGGUAAUGUUCAGGCAGCAGGUGCAGCAGCUUCUCGUGCUGGCAACAGCGCCCUCGACGCUCCACAAACCGUAAACAACAGCGCUGCCAAUCCAAACCAGCCGGGAACGUCUGCUGCCCCAGCAGCAUCGGGCAGCAGUAGCAGCAUCAGUGCGAGCGGGAGUGCAAGUGGAAGUGCAAGUAGCAGCAGCAAUGGGAACAGCAAUCAAGGAUAUUAUCAGUUAAGCGUGACAAUUGAGGAGGCUUCGCUGCGCAAUAAUGGAUUUCUAAAACCGAAUCCCUAUGUGGAGCUGUUGAUAGACAGCAAGAGCAAGCGAAAGACGGAUUUGGUGAAGAACAGCUAUCUGCCAAAAUGGAACGAGGAGUUCACAGUGCUGAUAACGCCCAAUUCGACGCUGCACUUCAAGGUGCUGGACCAUUCGAGCUUUCGCAAGGAUGCAAUGCUUGGCGAGCGCGUCAUUCAAUUGGCACACAUAUUGCACCAUUACAACGGGCGCUGCGAGUACCUCGAACUGACCAUAGAUCUGUUUGUGACCUCCAAGUCGGACAACCGACAAACCAAAAGUGGCGAACUGGUGGCUAUUCUCAACGGCCUUAAGCUGGACAUGAGCAAGGUAGUCCAGCUGCAACAAAAUGGCACUGCCGUCCAGGCGGUCAACACUGCGGUGAGCGAUGCUGCUGCCGCAGGACGUAGCUGUAUGAUCUAUGGAGGCGUGCGUGCUCGAAUGCCUAUGCGCUCCAGCAAUGCGGAGCCGCCGGCGGCUACUCGUUCACCACAGUCUAACGGUAUAUCCUCGGAACAACGACGCUCAGCUGCGCCGCCAGUCUGGGAGCAACAGCAGCAGCAGCAACAGGUUGCACAACCUCAGCAGCCGCUGCGCCUGGCUAAUGGCACCGCAGCGGCUGUGCCGCAGACAGCGUCCUACCCACAACAACCGCCGGCCCCAGUGCCGGCACAGCAACGUCCAUUGACCCAGGCGCCAGUCUACGCGAAUGGGCCGAUGGAGAACGGCGCACAGGGAACAUACAUGCUAAGCGGAACGCCGGACCAACCAGCAUGUGGCACUGGGAUACCUGUAAGCAAUGGGUCAGAUCCGCAGCUGCAGACACAACCAGCGGAAGAUGAGCUGUUGCCGGCCGGUUGGGAAAUACGGUUGGAUCAAUACGGACGUCGCUAUUACGUCGAUCACAACACACGUUCGACGUACUGGGAAAAGCCGACACCGUUACCGCCCGGCUGGGAGAUACGCAAGGAUGUGCGCGGUCGUGUUUACUAUGUGGACCACAACACGCGAAAGACCACCUGGCAACGGCCGAACAGCGAGCGCCUGAUGCACUUCCAGCACUGGCAGGGCCAGCGCGCUCAUGUUGUGGCCCAAGGCAAUCAGCGGUUCCUUUAUUCACAGCAGCAGCAGCAACCGACGGCUGUGACAGCGCCAGUAACGCAAGACGACGAAGAUGCGCUGGGUCCGCUGCCCGAUGGCUGGGAGAAAAAGGUGCAAUCCGAUAACCGAGUCUACUUUGUAAAUCACAAGAACCGCACCACCCAAUGGGAGGAUCCACGUACUCAGGGACAAGAGGUGAGCCUGAUUAACGAGGGUCCACUGCCACCGGGCUGGGAAAUCCGCUACACGGCUGCUGGCGAGCGCUUUUUUGUUGAUCAUAACACGCGGCGCACUACCUUCGAAGACCCCCGGCCUGGUGCGCCGAAGGGCGCCAAAGGCGUCUAUGGCGUACCGCGCGCUUACGAGCGCAGCUUCCGCUGGAAGCUGUCCCAGUUCCGCUACCUGUGUCAGAGCAAUGCGUUGCCUUCGCAUAUCAAGAUCACCGUCACACGGCAGACGCUGUUCGAGGAUUCAUAUCAUCAGAUUAUGCGCCUACCCGCCUACGAACUGCGCCGCCGUCUGUACAUAAUCUUUCGUGGGGAGGAGGGUCUGGACUAUGGCGGUGUGUCGCGCGAGUGGUUCUUUCUGUUGUCGCACGAGGUGCUCAAUCCCAUGUACUGUCUGUUCGAGUACGCAAACAAGAACAACUAUAGCCUACAAAUCAAUCCUGCGUCCUAUGUGAACCCGGACCACUUGCAGUACUUUAAGUUCAUUGGACGGUUCAUUGCCAUGGCCCUGUACCAUGGUCGUUUUAUCUACAGUGGCUUUACGAUGCCCUUCUACAAGCGUAUGCUGAACAAGAAGCUGACCAUCAAGGACAUUGAGACCAUUGAUCCCGAGUUCUACAACUCGCUCAUCUGGGUGCGAGACAAUAACAUUGACGAGUGUGGUCUAGAGCUGUGGUUCAGCGUUGACUUCGAAGUUCUAGGCCAGAUAAUACACCACGAGCUGAAAGAGAAUGGCGAGAAGGAGCGCGUUACAGAGGAGAACAAGGAGGAGUAUAUAACACUCAUGACCGAGUGGCGUAUGACCCGUGGCAUUGAGCAGCAGACCAAGACGUUCCUUGAGGGCUUCAACGAAGUUGUGCCCCUAGAGUGGCUCAAGUACUUUGACGAGCGCGAGCUGGAGCUGAUACUGUGCGGUAUGCAGGACGUAGAUGUUGAGGACUGGCAGCGCAACACAAUAUACAGACAUUACAAUCGCAAUUCCAAGCAAGUUGUCUGGUUUUGGCAGUUUGUACGCGAAACGGACAAUGAGAAGCGAGCCCGUCUAUUGCAGUUUGUAACGGGUACAUGUCGAGUUCCGGUCGGUGGCUUUGCGGAGCUGAUGGGUUCGAAUGGGCCGCAGCGUUUCUGCAUCGAGAAGGUGGGCAAGGAGACCUGGCUGCCGCGCUCCCAUACGUGCUUCAAUCGACUAGACUUGCCGCCUUAUAAGAGUUACGAUCAGUUGGUGGAAAAAUUGACCUUUGCCAUUGAGGAGACUGAGGGCUUCUGCCAGGAAUGAGUGGUAGUCGAUUUGUGGUCAGUUUGUUGAUUAAUGUUUAAUUCCAAUUGAGAGCGUCCCGUUGUCGUCCGUUACGUUGAUAGUUACUGUUAUUAUUAUACAUAUACCUACAUGCAUAUACGUAUGUAUAACUAUAAUGUAGACACUAUGUUCACAUUUCCCUUGUGUGGAAUGCAUCCUAUUCCUGCGUUUGCAUAGCUAUUUAAAAAGAAAUACAUACAUUUUCUUUAGGCUUAUUUGGCUCAAUCCUUGCACUCCAUGUUAAGUUUCGGCCUAUGAUCUAUUCAAUGAUAAUAAAACAACUGAGAUUCACACACACACACACGCCCGAGCAGAACGCAUUGUGUAGGC